AUGCUUCACAACUGGGUUGAAAGAGCUGAUCAACUGUUCAUCGCGUCUUUCAAAACUGUUUUCUUUGUAAUUGGAAUUUUCGGAAACUCUUGCUUCAUUUUUCUCGUAUGUCGCAACAAACAGUUACGGUCCAAAUCUUCAUAUCUUCAAAGCAUUCAAUGCUUUUUUCAUAUUAUAUGUCUUUUGGGAACGAUGGUCGACGUUGGAUUAGCUAUUCCAGAUAUUCAAUUAGGCAGAACUUCAUGUUUUCAUGUUAUGGUACCAUUUGUAUUUUUUGAAGCAGCCCAGGCAGUUAUAAUGCUGGAAUUAGUGAUUGAUGUGUACAUAAUUGUCAAAAUGCCAGGAUUUUAUAAAACUGUGAAGACAUGGAUUUACUUGCUAGCUGCAUUGAUUGCUCCUUCGAUAGUUGGGAUUAUUUUUUCAAUUUGGGGAUUCACAUAUCUAGACGAUGAAGAAAUCUACUUCUGUAAUCCCACAUCAUCACUUCACACAACGGCCAGCAAGAAUUACACAAGAUGCAUCGUUAUAAUCAACUCCCUUACACUUAUAAUAUUCGCUAUUUUGAUAUUAAUUUUCUACAAAAAAAGCCAAAACAAAAAUCCUGAUUCUACAAAAGUUAUGAAACGGCUGCAGUUUUCUGUUGUUAUAUUUUUGUGUUCUUGGUACAUAACGAUUUUCACAUACUACGUUUGUUUAGCUGCAGGAUUAGAGGGAGAGGAGUUGCAUUUUGUAAUUAACAACAUGACAUUUUUCAUUUGCCUGGCAUACUCUCAAACCUUCUAUGUCAUUUUGUACAAAUCGAAUGAGUAUAAAAACGCGUUCAACAAUUUACUGGGAAUCAAACAGAAGCCUAAAGAUCUGAGAAAGAACACUUCCACUACUUGUAUUGGUGCGAGCCAGAAACCUACAAUCAUUUUCUAA